AAUGCAUGCCUUAAUUUUUUGGCCAAAGGAAAAUGCAACAAGUGUUAUUCAAACGACUUUGAUUAAUAAGCGUUUGGAAUUUAAUCGAGUGACCGUUAGAUGGGGCCGACAAAACGUGACGGCUUUUCUAAUUGCAGAAAGCGAAGAUAUUGUUUGGCUGCAACGUCUUAUAGUCAAUACGUGUGGGGUCAUUACGGGUUACGUAAAUGAUCGUUUGAUGACUGAUGCCUGCAUUCAAUUCUCUACUAGUUCUCAAGAUGGAAACGGUGCUGUGGACAAUUCUUUAGGUCACAGUUCCAAUCAUUUUCAAUUUGAUUCCGUCGGUACGGCUGACAUUGUUGAGCGAACAGCUAUUGCAGCUGCUUCUACUACUCCGGAUGUUAUAGUUAUUCCUACUAUGAACCCAAUAACGACUCCAAAUGCGCCAACUACUCUGGAUUCUGAUUCAGAUGCUGCUGUCAACCUAACAACUGCUCCAACUUCUUUUACUACUUUGGAUGUUGUAGCUGUUACUUCUAUCGAUCUAAUAUCUACUUUAAACACGCUUACUGCUGUGGAUGUUGAUGCGGAUGCUGCUGAAAAUCUAACAGUUACUCCAUCUUGCUUUACUACUGAGAUUGCCGCAGUGAUUCCUUCCAUGGAUCCAAUAACUCCUCCAAGCACGUUUAUCACUCCGGAUAUUGCAGCAGUUAUUGCUCUGGAUCUGUCAACUACUCCAAGCAAGUCUACCACUCCGCAUAUUGCUGUGGCUGCUACUGUUGACCUCACAGCUACUCUAACUCCUUUACCGACUCUGGACAUUGCAGCAGUAUCUGCUCUGGAUCUGACAACUACUCCAAGUGCAUCUACCACUCCGCAUAUUGCUGCGGUUGCUGCUGUUGACCUUACAGCUACUCCAAUUUCUUUACCUAUUCUGGAUAUUGCAGCAGUAUCAGCUCUUGAUCUAACAACUACUUCAAGCGCGUCGUCUACUUCCCAUAUUGCUGGAGUUUCUGCUAUGGGCCAGACAAUCAUUCCAAGCGUGAAUAAAACUUUGGAUAUUGCUGCGGCUGCUGCUGUUAACCUCACAGGUACUCUAACUCCUUUUGCCACUUUGGAUGAUGCUGGGGUUUCUGCUCUUGACCAGAUAACUACUCCAAGCGCGUCUACAACUGCGGAUAUUGGUGUGGUUUCUGCUAUGGACCUGACAACUAAGUCAAGCGCAUUGACAACUUUAAGUGUUGCUGCAGCUGCUCCUGUUAAUGGUGAUUUUGAUGUUCCUUCAACUUCAACAUCCACUGGAAACCGAGCCAUGGUUGCAUUGAUAGAAGGGAGUAGCGUCCUUAUUGAGUAUCACAAAAAGAAAGGUGUCUUACGGUUCACAAAUAAACCAAAAGAGAUGACUCGACGGCUGUUACUCAGUAUAAUUGGUAGAGAACAACUGAAAUGUCUGACACUCACAGAGAUUAAAUUAAAUCCACUCUUAUUUGGAAUUCUUAGUGCUGUUGAAAAAUUUACACUGCAGAACUCAGAUACAGAAUAUCAAUUAACGACGGAUCAAUUUAAUAAAUGUGUGACCUCAUUUUUAUAUAAUUUAAAGCAUUCAAAAAAUCCUAAAUUAAUGUAACUUUUGUUAAUAUAUUUUUGAUUUUGUAAAAGUUAAUGAAUGUGA